AUGAGCUCCUCGCUGGAGGCCAAGAUUGUCGUGCUGGGCUCGCAAGGCGUCGGCAAAACAUCGCUGGUCAACCGCUACGUCAAGAAUGCCUUUGAGCCCGCCAAAACCACCUCGACCGUCGGCGCGUCCUUCGUCACCAAGCGCGUGCUCGACACCACCUCAGACACCCUCGUGCGCCUGCAAAUCUGGGACACGGCCGGCCAAGAACGCUUUCGCAGCAUCUCGCGGCUCUACUACCGCGGCGCCAACGCCUGCCUCCUGUGCUACGACAUCACCGACGAGAACAGCUUCAAGGAAAUGACCGGCUGGCUGCAGGAACUCAAAUCACACCUUGGUAGCGGUGGCGGCAGUGCUAGUGAUGAUGGCGACGACAUCCCGCCUCUUGUCAUUCAUGUCGUAGGCACAAAAUCAGACAUUGUCGCCAUCGACCCUUCGCGUCGCAAAGUGCCCUUUGAGCGCACCAUCGCCUAUGUCGCGGAGCAACUCUAUCCGUCGCAGGCAUCCACGCCGCCGCCCACCGCCGGCUUUGGGAAUAUGGUGGUCACGUCCCCAUCCAGCAGCCUGCAGAGCCCCGAUAGCAAACGCAGCAGUGGGUUCUGGGGCCAGGACAUCGGCUGGGACUGCUGCCAUGAGAUCAGCGCCAAGGAUGGAGAGGGUGUUGAGGAGGUGUUUCGGGUGAUUGCGCGAAAGCUCGUGGAGCAGCGCAACAAGCAGCUGAACGAGGCCUUGAGGGUUAGUGCCCAUGGCCAUGCGGAUCAGAGCAUUGCUGCCGAUUUGGACGGCAUCAUUAAUGGGAAUGGCAGCAGCAGCAGCAACAGUAGGGGCAGUUUCCGCAUCGGUCUUGGGGAUAAACGGCGAAGCUGGCUGGGAUUUCCGCCAGGAUUGGUUGUUUCUGAGGAGGUGGAAUUGCCAGCUGAGCCUGGCAAGCAAAGGCGUCCUUGCUGUUGA